GACUCGGCGAGACUGAUCCGUGCCGGAAGUGGGAGGUUGACGCGCCGCUCGGUCACCCGCCGCCUAUCCACCCGACCGCUGGGAUGAAGGAGAGACGGGCGCAUUCUUGGGGCUAACAAAUAUCCGACGGAAAACGAUAACGCCAUUUACAUUUUUCCCGAGCAGAGAAGCGGCGACUCCGCAGACCGACCCCCUCCCCCGAAGCUCGUUACAGGGUUAGACGCGAACGCCGCCAAAAUGAUGGAAGAAAUUGACCGAUUCCAAGUACCCACCGAGGCAGAAAUGCAGGCCUUGGACCCGGCGUCCUCGACAACCUCCGAGGGCGAUUCGGACACGAGAGAGAGUGAGCCAGCCACCCUCAACUACAAACCGUCGCCCCUGCAGAGGAAAAUGGAGAAACAGCGGGAGCUGGCUAGGAAAGGCUCGCUGAAGAACGGCACAGCCGGGAGUCCCGUCAAUCAGCAGCCUAAGAAGAACAACGUUAUGGCCAGGACGAGACUUGUGGUUCCCAACAAAGGUUACUCCUCUUUGGACCAAAGCCCGGAUGAGAAACCAUUAGUAGCUCUAGACACAGACAGCGAUGAUGACUUCGACGUAUCCAGGUACUCCUCGUCCGGAUACUCCUCGGCCGAGCAAAUAAACCAGGACCUGAACAUCCAGCUGCUGAAGGACGGCUACAGACUGGACGAAAUCCCCGACGACGAGGACCUGGACCUCAUCCCGCCAAAGUCCGUCAACCCCACCUGCAUGUGCUGCCAAGCGACGUCGUCAACCGCCUGUCAGAUCCAGUAAAACGGCGCUCUCUCUCUCUCUCUCUCUCUCUCUCCCUCCCUCUCUUCCCUCUUUCUCUCUCCCUUGCGAUCUCUCCGUUCCU